UACAGCUUCCCACUCAAAAAAGCCAGUGCAGUGUCUGAGAAAAGCUAAGCUAUGAAACCCCAAUCGCUUUGCAUCUUUUUUCUUCUCCAUUCCUUCGCUUUGCUAUGCACGGCGGCGUCGGAGCAUGAAGCUCCGGGCACCGGCGGAACCAUCGUUUUCACUACACUUGGCCGAUCAAAUUACGCUUGGGACAUCUAUACUCUUCCAACUUCCGACCCACCAAGUCCUUCCAAUGAACUUCGGGUUACCGACGGCGAAUCUGUCAACUUCAACGGCCACUUCCCGUCGACCUCACCGUCCUCUGUUCUCUCUCUGCUACAUAACCGAAGCCUAAUUCGAACCCCAGGUCCACAAGCUCCGCCGCCCCUCCAGCUCGUCUACGUGACGGAACGCAACGGGAUGCCGAAUAUUUACUACGACGCGCUUUAUUACGGUGCGCCGGGAAGUACUAGAUCGAGAUCGGCACUUGAAGUUCCCGUCCGACUUCAGGCUCCGUUGUUGGGUUUAGAAGAAAGCAAGAAUCGGGUUUCAAUGAAAGAUAGGCCGAGUUUGAGUGGUGAGAAUUUGAUUUACGUGUCAACUCAUGAGGACCCAGGUGAACCCAGGACGAGUUGGGCUGCUGUGUACUCGACUCAUUUAGGAACCGGGUUGACUCGACGACUCACUCCUUCUGGAAUCGCCGACUUUAGCCCCGCCGUGUCUCCGUCUGGGGUUUGGACAGCUGUGGCUUCGUAUGGGAAAGAAGGGUGGGGUGGGGAAGUGGAAGAACUGAGUACUGAUAUUUAUGUUUUCUUGACUCGUGAUGGGACUCACCGAGUCAAGGUUGUUGAACACGGUGGGUGGCCGUGUUGGGUUGAUGACUCAACUCUAUACUUCCAUAGGAGAAGUGAAGACCAGUGGAUAAGCGUUUACAAAGCAACUUUCCCUAAAGACAAACCCGUUUCUACCGAGUUGGUGACGAUUCAGCGAGUCACACCACCGGGUCUCCACGCUUUCACACCAGCUACAUCCCCAGGUAACCAUAAGUUCAUAGCAGUAGCUACAAGAAGACCCAAUUCAAGUUUUCGCCACAUAGAACUGUUUGACACUGUUAAAAACGAGUUUACUGAGCUAACUCGGCAUGUUUCUCCUACAACCCAUCACUUAAACCCGUUCAUAUCACCCGACUCAGCCCGAGUUGGGUACCAUAAGUGUAGGGGAGAAAGUAAUGGAGCAAAAGCUACUCAAUUAUUGCUUGAAAAUGUUAAAAGCCCAGUGCCGAAUCUCUCUCUUUUCAGAAUGUACGGUUCAUUCCCAUCUUUCUCACCCGCGGGUGACCGAAUAGCCUACGUGGAUUUCCCCGGUGUUUAUGUAGUGAACCGGGACGGUUCAAACCUGCGCCAGGUUUUCCACUUGAAUGCUUUUGGAAGCGCUUGGGACCCGGUCCGAAAGGGAAUUGUAUACACAAGUGCUGGACCGGAGUUUUCAAGUGUGAGUACUGAAGUUGAUAUUGUAUCCAUCAACGUUGAUGAUGUUGAGCAAUCAAAUUAUAAAAGGUUGACCAUAGAUGGUAAGAACAAUGCAUUUCCCUCGCCGUCACCCGACGGGAAACGGAUCGUAUUCAGGUCGGGUCGGUCGGGUCACAAGAACUUGUAUAUAAUGGAUGCAAUCGAAGGGGAGACGAGUUGGAUUGAAAGACUAACAGAUGGUCCAUGGACGGAUACAAUGUGUAAUUGGUCACCAGAUGGUGAUUGGAUUGCAUUUUCUUCGGAUCGACAUGAUCCAGGGUCAGGUAGUUUCGAGUUAUAUAUGAUUCACCCGAACGGUACCGGGUUAAGAAGGUUGCUUAGGAGCGGUUCAUCCGGACGGGUCAACCACCCGUCAUUUCGUCCGGAUGGGAAGUUAUUGGUAUUCACUACGGAUUACGGUGGAAUAUCAGCAGAGCCAAUCUCAAACCCACAUCACUACCAACCAUAUGGUGAGAUAUUCACGAUGAAAUUGGACGGUUCUGAUUUGAAGAGGCUGACCCACAAUUCUUAUGAAGAUGGGACCCCUACGUGGGCCCCAUUGUACAUCAAUCCAGUUGACGUGGAAUGGCCGAGGAAGGGCGAAUGUGCAUUUGAGGAUUGUCAUUGGCUGAAUGAAAUGCCAGGGCGUGGAAUCAAGUUGGUCGGACCAUGGGGGUUAGCCAAGCCCCAAUGCGGUGUAUUCUAAAUUUGUAUGGUGUAAUUAUGUGUUUUGGAGUAUUGUAAAUUUGUAUGGCGUACCUAAUCUUUGUUUUCUUUUUCUUGGACUAGAUAGUAGCGAAGGAAAUAAUGAGCAUAUGUAUGCCCCUUCCCCAUGUAAUUAUCUUGUGGAAUCUGUAAAGGUGGACAUUCUAUUCCACUCCUAAUAUAAAUUUCACUGGUCUUAAAUGGUUGGGUUGGGUUA